AUGCCUCAAAAAGAAGCUGUUUCGACCGACAAGGCACCCCCACCAUUGCCCUUCUUCUCCCAAGCCAUUAAAUGUCAAGGAAUGGUUUAUUGCUCCGGGAGCAUUGGGAUGGAUGUUGCUACAAUGAAGCUUGUCGAAGGAGGUGUUGCCGAUCGAACCAAACAAGCAAUAUUGAACCUCCAGGCGGUUUUGGAGGCCGCUGGCAGUAGUCUUGAGAACGUUGUCAAAGUCAACGUCUUCCUAACUGACAUGCAGAAUUUUGCAGCCAUGAACAAAGUCUAUGCAGAAUUCUUCCAUAAAGAUCCUAAGCCAGUCAGGACUUGCGUUGCGGUACACCAAUUGCCACUCGGGACCGAUGGGAGAAGAAUUCUUGUCGUCAACGAAUCUGCUAUCAAUGCCAAAUCUUAUGACCAAGGAUUGGAUAGACUUCCUGGCGAGGACGACAAAAGUGUUUUAUUUCAAACAACAGGAACAACUCUCCGGAAUGCACCGCGACUAGUUGGUAGCCAAAUCGUGAACCAACAUUUAAUACAAGAACGAAGAAAUAAAGCCCUAGAAGCAUUGUUGGCGGUGCGAGAGGAGGGUGAUAAAACGAAAGGGCUUACACUGCUCAAUAGCCUAACCAGCAGUCCAGUUACAGACAUUGUCCCUGCAAGUGCAGCGUCUCAAACAGUGGAAAAGUCUGAGGUUCUCCCUCCGGUAGCAAAAGAAGCAUUGGCCGAAGCUGACAGCCCAAAUGCAACGAAUCAAGUGCCGGCCAGAGGACGGAAAUGGUUUGGAAAAGCUCAGGCACGACCUACUACUAUGGCCGACUUCAAAAGAUUCAUGCCCCUUCAACUUGAGCAUCCUCCGCAUCCGGAAGGAGAUCGCAGUAAUGCGUGGUUUAAGGACGAGUAUGCCAAUUUGUAUUUAGCGAUAGUCAGGUUUGCUACAGAGUUUUUUGGGUUUCAAGAAUUACAGGAAGGGUUUCACGAGCCCUGGGCUGUUAGGAUGCCGGAGGAGUUUUACAGAUAUGUAGAACUUGUUGCUGAGCCAGAUACUGUAGUUGGGGGAUGGGAUGAGAUGUUGCUGAAUACGAGUACAAGAAAAUAUCUCAUUGUUGGUAUCAUUGUAAAGAUAUUAGAGGCCAGGGUUUUUUCGUUGGUUCUAUGGGGAAACACUAAAGAGGGAGAAGAAUUUCUUCAUGGUUUAGAUCGUGCACUUCUUGAUAGUGAAGGCUACAGUCGUCAGGAACUUCGCCACAGAUCCAUUCGCACUCUCUUGGGUGGAGCAUCUCUCACCCCUAAUUUCCACAAGGAUUGCACAAAAUUGACCGCCCAAGUAUUGCUCCUCUUCAUGCCUUUAUUCAAUUACCUCACGCUUCUUCCUGCCGGUCCUGAAACCCGCCGCUUACCUAUCCAUCUGCAUCCGCAUCUCCCAACCAUAAUCCACACCGUCUCUCUCCUCCCCGGCACCGCCUACAAACCCGACGAACAUACCUCCAUUCUCCAACACUCCUGGACUUUAUCCAAAACCGUCGUUCAAAACAACUGGAACCGAGAUCGUGAAGAAUUGGAAAUCGAACGCGCAGAAGCCGAAGGCUAUGUAAUCGCCUACAGAAGUGCAGGCAAUGCACGCCUUGAAUCAAACGCCGGCUUACGCGCUCUUCGUCGUCUUCAAGAUGUGCAGAAGAAAUUGGCAGAUCAAAAACCUCCCGGUUUUACGCACGAGGCAGGUGUGAAAAUUGCAAUCUGGCCCGUCACGAAGAGAUACUGGGCGGGAAAUUCGAAGCCGGGUGGUGAUAUGGAUGGUCAGAGUAUGUUUAAUGUUACGACUGCGGGUGCGGUAUUUUAUUAUAAAGAAAAAGAUAAACCUUAUGAACCACUUCUUGAAUUCGUGGCAGAGAAAAACAAGAAAUUGGGUGGGAGAUACAAGAGAGUUAAGGAUCUUUUCACAGUUUUGGCUUUGUUGUCUUUGGGUGCAUUUGUGGUUCUCUUGUAUGUAGUUGGAUGGGCAGGGUUGGUAGCUUGGCUUACAAGCUUCCUCGCUGCGAUCACGGAGUCGUUGAGAGAGUCGGUGGUGAGGGGAAGAGAAACGGCGUCUAGUGCUUACGAAUAUACUGGAUCACCUGGCUACGACUGGUUCGGGAAAAGAAGAGCACAGCCGAUUCCUGAUUACCAAACCGCAUAUUCAGAUGCGAAGGAAGGUGUAAAAGAGGGAAUUCGAAAAGGUGCUUCGAAGGCGGAGGAUCUAGCUGGUGAUACAUAUGAUAGAGUGACAGCCAAAGCUAAAGAUGGUGUGAAAGGUGGCUAUGAUGCAUAUGCGACCCGGAAAUCACAGGCGGAAGACGUUAUUGAGAAUGUAGCUUCAAAGGCUAAAAGUGGAGGGAGAGUAUACGAGAAAGCGGCAGAGAAAGUGCGAAAUGCAGCUGGCACUUCCGGCGAGAAAAUCGCCUCAAAAGCCAAAAGCGCAGCGGGAAGUGCUAAAGGAAAAAUGACAUCAAAAGCCAAGAGCGCAGCUGGAGCUCCUGCCGAGAAAAUCACAUCGAAGGCGAAAAGCGCAGCGAAACCUACGGCGGAGAGGGUCACGCCGAGGGUUAAUAAUGCGGCGGGAGGAGCCUACGGGAAAGCGUCUAGGGUACUGGUGAAUCGGGGAGCGGGAGCGAGGGCUACGGUUCAGGCGAGGAAGAAACGGACGAAGGGAGAGGCGUAUACGAGAGAGGGGAUGAGGAAUUUGUAA